AUGUUGAUGCUUGCUUUUGAACACUCAACAGAUGAUUCAACGUUCUGUUUAUUUAUUAAAUCAAUGAUCACGUGGAAGGUCUCAUCUAUUAAACAUGAAACCUGUGAAAUAAAAAGUAAAGGCAUUGAAACGAUUUCAAGUUCUUUAUUAGCAAAUGUAUUAUUAGCGAACAAGUUAUAA